GCACAGCCCCCUCUGAAGGGACCUCGGAGGUGCUUUGUGCGUGCCUCCAUCUGUAUGACUGCAGCAAGAGGGAGCUGGGAUGAUGAAGGUCCCUUGCGUACUCCUCCUCCUCAUCUCCACAGCUGGGCUGGCCCUGUGCUAUGAAGAUGAGACUCGCCUGGUGGAGGACUUGUUCAAGGACUACAACAAGGUGGUGCGCCCCGUGGAGGACCAUCGGGACGCCGUCAUUGUCACCGUGGGGCUGCAGCUCAUCCAGCUCAUUAGCGUGGAUGAAGUAAAUCAGAUUGUGACAACCAAUGUACGCCUGAAACAGCAAUGGACAGACGUCAACCUCAGAUGGAAUCCAGAUGACUACGGUGGCGUAAAAAAAAUCCGCAUCCCCUCAGAUGAUAUCUGGCGGCCAGACCUUGUUCUUUACAACAAUGCAGACGGUGAUUUUGCCAUUGUAAAAUACACCAAAGUCCUUCUGGAGCACACAGGUCUGAUCACCUGGACACCACCAGCUAUUUUUAAGAGUUACUGUGAAAUUAUAGUCACACACUUCCCAUUUGACCAGCAGAACUGCAGUAUGAAGUUGGGAACCUGGACAUAUGAUGGUACAGUGGUUGUCAUUAACCCGGAGAGUGAUCGUCCAGAUCUGAGUAACUUCAUGGAGAGUGGGGAGUGGGUGAUGAAGGAUUACCGUGGCUGGAAGCACUGGGUUUACUACGCUUGCUGCCCUGACACCCCUUACCUGGACAUCACCUACCACUUCCUCAUGCAACGCCUGCCUCUCUACUUCAUCGUGAACGUCAUCAUCCCCUGCCUGCUCUUCUCCUUUUUGACAGGGUUAGUUUUUUACCUACCCACAGAUUCAGGUGAGAAAAUGACUCUCAGCAUCUCUGUUCUGCUGUCUUUGACUGUGUUCCUGCUGGUCAUCGUGGAGCUGAUUCCCUCCACCUCCAGCGCAGUGCCUCUGAUCGGCAAGUACAUGCUGUUCACCAUGGUGUUUGUCAUCGCUUCGAUCAUCAUCACGGUCAUCGUCAUCAACACCCACCACCGCUCCCCCAGCACUCACACCAUGCCCCACUGGGUCAGGAAGAUCUUUAUUGACACAAUCCCAAACGUCAUGUUUUUCUCUACAAUGAAACGACCAUCAAGAGACAAACAAGACAAAAAUAUUUUUGCAGAAGAUAUUGAUAUUUCUGACAUUUCUGGGAAGUCAGGUUCUGUGCCUGUCAACUUCUACUCGCCGCUUACCAAAAAUCCAGAUGUGAAAAAUGCUAUAGAGGGAAUCAAAUACAUUGCAGAAACGAUGAAAUCGGACCAAGAAGCCAGUAAUGCUGCAGAAGAGUGGAAGUUUGUUGCAAUGGUGCUUGAUCAUCUUCUCCUUGGCAUAUUUAUGCUAGUUUGUUUUAUAGGAACAUUAGCUGUAUUUGCUGGUCGCCUUAUUGAAUUAAAUCAGCAAGGAUGAAUGUCAGCUGGAAAGUAUUUGCUACCCUGAACAUCUGAAAGCAUCAUAACCAUGAAAAUCUGGCCAGCCUCUGAAAGGUUCACUGACAGGAAUCAGUAACUGCUGGGAAAAAGCAUGGAUAAUAAAAUGUAAGGCUCCAUACUUAGCACUUCUGAGCUGCUGCUCAGUAGCAUUUAAUUGCCAAAAAGAAAAACUUGCAUUACAGGUAAACUUGAAUGGCUGUCCGCCAGGUUUUGAUCCAUUUUACCCUUUAUUAAAGAUGUUAAUGUAUUAAUAAGACUGUCUGACUUUGUAAGCAACAGAUACUAGUCCAGUGAAGUCAACAGCAGUGUAACAAGCUUUAGCUGAGCUGUUAAUCUGUAUCCAACUUUAGCAUUCAAGCUGGUUUUAAUAUCUGCUCCGUGGCUUUUGUAUUAGCAGAGUCACCCCUCUCAUAACGCUAGAUGUACCCGUCAGAAAUGUCUCAAACUCCAUGCUUAAACACUUGAUUUUCAUGCACAAAGCUGAACUGACUGUCAUGCACGACUCUACCCGUAGAAGGUCUUGCUGCAGCAAAGAGGAGAGACUUACUUGUUCCUUACUGUGGGAAGGAUCCAACCUAUUCCUUGGAUAAUCUCCAUAUUCAACCUACUCUGAUCUUGGAAGGUUGGUUUCCACUCUGCAUUUGGAGUGAUGACUAAGGUUGGGGGCACCUUCAAACUUGGGGGUGUUUAUUUGAACACAAUUCUCUCUGUUUCCUGAAAACUGUCCCCUGCCCUGCUGAAAUAGACCGUGAGCAUUAAAGUCAGGCACAGCGUCACACAGCUCAUUCCCAGGGAAGGUGUGGAUCUCAGCUGUACUUCUGCGUGACACGGUGACAGGACCUCUCCUCCUCUGAGCAACGCCGGGAACUGCCCGAGCUUGAGUCAAAAGUUGAGCAGCAGCUCUCUCUGGUGGCCAAAGCAAAGUAGUGCUGCCUCUGGCCGAACACGGCUGGAGUUUGUUUACUCCAUAUUCGACGUACGCAAGAAGCCUCUCUGCGUUUCAAUAGCGCGGUGUGGCAAUACCAGCAGUGCUGCCUCUUCUUCUCAAAAAUAAGUAAGGGUAGGUGGGGCAACUGCGACAAGUUACUCAUCUUUUCCAGCUGGCUGUCCAAGCCAAGAGCAGUACUUUGCUAACAGCUGUAAACAAUUUGUUGUGAGUUUAGUAAAAUACUUCAUGUUAUGUGAAUGCUCUACAGAAGCCUGUCAUGCCUGCAGAGGACAGGCAUUUGAAGCACUAUAGGGAAAAAUGAGGCACUUGUGUAACACUCCCAUCAUUGCGUAGUGUUUGUUGGACAGUGUUGUGGUGAGCUGCAGUCCUAAGCAAACUGUUUGUCUGGGGUAAUCGAUCACUUGUAGCAUUCUGCUCUGCUCUUACGGUUUAAAGGAUGAUAAUCCUUUGCCUCUCUGGAUGAUCAUUAACCCUGUAAGCGAAGGACAAAGAUGUAUUGCUGGGCGACACCUCUGCUGACAGAGGGAGUGUUCGCUGCAGCUGGCUUUAUCUGAGGUGGGAAUUCCCAGCUCCCAGCCCUUGGGGGAAGUCAGCAGCUCCCUGCUCACGAUUAGCUAAGCUGCAGCAUAAUGGUGCCUGGAACUUAAUUUGAGAGCCUGUGAUUGGCACUAAAAUUGACAGAACAAUCCUCUUAGAGCAGCAUGUGGUUGAAUCUUAGCAUUAAAUAUAAACAUCAAGGAACAUUCACAGCAUCUUUGUUCAGCUUCCUCAAGGCAGACCCGGGUCUUGGCCUCCAGAUUCCCCCUAUUUGUGUGCCAGAGUGAGUGUGUGCACGUGUGCCUGCCUGCUUGCUUCUCCAGAUCUCCUUGUAGACAUCUAGGUGCAGUGCUUUCCUUCCACUUCCUCAGAAAAAGGUUUGAAAUUAUUUGUUCAAAAAUUUUCAUUUGUGAUGUUUUGACCCAUCUUAUAGGCACAGCCUAUAAAUCUUCUGCCUUUCUGUCACUCUGACUCUUGAUGAACUACUUGUGUCUCAAAUGAUGUGAUAGCAGGUAAAAAUAAAUGCUAACGACUUUCCUUCUUAAGUUGCA